AUGUACAGCACCGAGAUUGUCAGAACACCUCACGACGAUGGGAGUGGACAAAAUGAUUAUAUCUUAGAGAACGAGAAAAAACGACUCCGUCAGCAUCUGGGGCUCAGCCCAGAGCCCGGUGGUCCAUCUGAUCCGCCCAAAUUCCAACCCUUGUUCUUCAUUGAGAUGGCACCUAAUUCUCCCAGGGGAGCCAAAUGCAAGCUUUCCAUAUGCGGCAAUAACAUAUGGCCCAGAGAAUUACGUCUCGCAUUAAAUCCUGCAAUGGGUUUCGGCCAACGGUACAGAUCAUCAGCCGACUUUUACCAUAUACAGUGUUUUGAGAAAAUAGCCGAUUUUUCCCAGGCAGAUUUCCUUGAUCGAAUUCAACCGUUGACCCGGCACAACUGGAAGCUGAGAGGUCUCAAAGCGGGCAGUAUUUUGGAUGGCAAUUACCUCGUGCCUGGCGGAGUAGAGCGGCUAGUCGCGGAAUGGAAAGUAACCCUCGGGAGAUGGAUAGACAAACGCGACGGGGUAUACGAUGAAUCAAAAGAUCGUUUGAGCACAGACUUUGAUGCGUUAUUGCGUAAGGCGGGGUCUGCAGGAUACCAGAACCAGGAGAUGCCACAAUGCAUGGAAUGGUUCGAGUACAACAUUCUUUCAUCUCACCUCGCACCUUAUGAGAGCGAUGGGCCUGGAGAUUCAGAAGAGUGGAAUUUAUUUGCGGCCUACCUUGACAAGACACCAGAGGCACUUGGAAAACCACACACAUUAAGCACUAUGCUCCAGCACUGGGAAAAUGACUUGGCCCUUGCUGGGAAAAAGGAACUGGAACUAGACGAGGCCCAGCGUAAGGCCAGACAUCAGCUCGGUGACAAAGCAGUCAGAGCCCUUAAGCGUCUGUCCAUCAUCCCAAUGCCUGACACUAGUUUCACGCAUGGUGCAUUUCUGGGAUAA